AUGCUGCCAGUAAACGUGCCACGCCGCCACCACCUUACUCCGGUACCCGGAGCUUCCUAUUCGAUAGAAACCCCACCAUCUGGAGGCAUAGCGGCGGGCAUCACCUCUAACGGCAAUUUCGUGCCGGGAACUGCGAGCGGUGGCGAGACAACGAAAAACAGGCCAACGAUGAUGCCCGUGCCGGCCUCGACCCGGUCGUCCAUCCAGACCGGCAAGACCACCCACGAGGAGUUCAACUCGGCCCUCGUCUACAUGAACCACUCCCGCGCCCCCACGUUGGAGCUCGAGGUCUUUGCGCCCGAUGCCAGUGGUCGCUCCUCAACGGCAUUUCGGGCGAGUUUCGCGUCGUCGAGAACCGCCGCUCAAGGUCGGCGACGAGCUAACGUGGUUCUACCCGUCGACCGAGUUCAUCAGCCCGCGGCCCUUCAAGUGCCAGUGUAG